AUGGGCCAGAAUUCUCCAAGUCUGCAAUAUCCGACAUCUUCGGCAACUUUGAUAGAUUCAGAUGGACGGGAUCAGUAUGGGCUGAAAGUGCUUUCAGAAGGGAAAGCGCCCGUCACUAUCGAUAUAGUCGCAGUGCACGGUCUCGGAGGUCACCUUCUUCGAACAUGGACACACAAAAGCCAAUGCUGCUGGCUAAGGGAUUUGUUACCCGUGGAUAUUCCGGACGCACGAAUCAUGACUUUUGGUUAUGAUGCAAAAGUGAUAGGAUCUUCGAUGAAUACAUUUAAAGACAGCGCCCAACUGCUGCUACAACACUUACUCCUUAAGCGUGACCCUGAGCUGAUCCCUUCCAGUCGACCUAUCUUGUUCAUCUGUCAUAGUCUUGGGGGACUUGUGACCAAGCAAGCUUUAGUCAAAGCUUCUUCAUCCCCAGAGUAUAAGGCAAUCCGUGGAUCUACUCUCGGUACAAUAUUUAUGGGAACGCCCCAUCGAGGAUCUUCCGUCGCUUCUCUGGGAAAGGUAGUUGCCAAUAUUGCUAGAUUGUUUCCUUUUAGCAUCUCAACAUCGCAUUUGAAUAGCCUUCUCCCGGACUCGCGAGAUCUUUCGGAACUUUCUGCUGGAUUUCUCCAAAACAUCCAGAGCCCUCCAGUAAAAGUGGUCAACUUUUUUGAGAGCAAAACAACCAAGAUUGGUCUUAUGAGAAUUCCCAUUGUGCCACAGGCAUCCGCAAUCAUGGACCCAGUUGGACCUAUCCGAGAAGGGAUCUCUCUAGAUGGUGAUCACCGUCAAAUUUGCCAGUUCUCUAGUGGGGAUGACACUCAAUAUCAGCUUGUUCUUCGAAUAAUCCAGUCAAUUAUGGCUCCAGAGUCUGAUGGUUCACCACCCCAGGUCGAAAAUCCCAGAGGUGUUGGGAAAAGCUUUCUCUCGUCCUAUAUCGCUAAGAGCCUCAGAGCGGAGACCGACGCGAUCGUAGUCUACAACACAUUCAAUUCACAGACAUCGGGUAGUCGAACGGAAGCAACCCUUGCUUCGGUCAUAUUGGGUCAGCUUUUAGCAGAACCCACAUUAAAAGAUCUCGUCCUAUCUACUUUGAUGGAGUUAUAUCGAGAUCGUCCUGAUGAAAUGCAGAUCUCCUUUCGAGAAGCCCUACAGAUCCUCUCCAAGACUUGCCAAUAUAGCCGACGGUGUUAUCUUGUGCUUGAUGGCCUAGACGAAAUGGCUGAGAGUACAACCACAAAGACACGAUUGCUUUGUGCUCUCCUGGAUUUUCAGCUGGAAGGUCAUGCUCACGGUCUCAAAACUAUUGUGGUUUCCCGGGAUGUCACCCCCUUUCGAGAGAUGCUCUCUUUCGACCUGUCACUCCAAAUUGGAACAAAACAUACAGAAAGCGAUGUGGCGGCGUUCGCUAGACUCCACCUGAGCAGAAUGGCGCUACCAGACUCAAUGAUCGAUCUCGCUAGCAUCACUGUUCAGCAGAGAUCCCGUGGUCUUUUUAUAUGGGCCUCGUUAUUCAUUUCUAGCCUUCAAAUAGAAUCUAACGAGAAAGGCGACCUUACUUCCUACCUCUUGGAGGCAGAAGAAGGGUUGAGCUCAUUAUACGCGCAUGCAAUGCUACAGCUACACCGGUCAUCACCAGAGCUACUAGAGCCUCGCAAACUGGCCCUUACUUUUUGUGCAACCGCUGAUGUGCCUCUCGAUCUGACCGAUAUAGAUGACGCUAUCAGAUUUGGUUUGAAUUAUCGUAUGGAUACUGUGGAGAUAGUUCACAAGGCAUGCGGUCCGUUUGUUGAGGUGACUGACGGCAAAGUCUCGCUUUGUCAUCUUUCUGUUCGAGAUUAUGUCUUGGCUAGAGAUACAAGAGGGAAUAACAUUUUCCUGCCAGAUUCUGAAAUGGCUGCCCAUGCAACAAUGGCGACCAUAUGCCUGGGAUAUCUCUGCCUUGAUGAUCAUCAGCAACCAUUUUCAUGCGUACCAUGGCACGAUUACCAAGAAAGUGGACAAUACCCUCUCCUCAGAUACGCAUGCCUAAACUGGGAGAGGCAUAUGAGACAAUCUGGUCCGCUAGAUCCGAAAUUCUUGAAGAUUCUCAGGAAAUUUGUUACAUCCAAUGCCGGAAUUCGCUGGGCAAUUUGCUACCACCCGCACUUCCAACGCAAAAUGGGCGAAAGUCAUAUUUCGGCCAUUGGAGAACUUCGAAGUGUAUUAUUGCGCGUCAAAAACAGUGUGAUAAAGAAUGCUUCCACUGACGCGCGCUACUCAAGCCCAAACGCAGAGAUUUGUCAAGCCUUGGAUACGUUUCUCGUUCAAGCGUUCGAAACAGUUCUGGCAGUUGAGAGAAGCCUCGCUGGCACAAAAUCCAGGAGUACUAUUGAAAGGCUUCUUGAGCUUUCCAGAGUACUACAGGCCUGUGGUAGUCCCAAACAGGCACAGUUGACUGCCAGGGAAGCGUCAAGUAUUGCAACAGUUCGCUUCGGCGUAAUGGACCCAUUAUCACUGUUCUGUACGCAUCACAACCUUCUCUUAGAGCUCAACAAUAUGCCCAUGAAUAUGCAUAGCGUGUCAAAAAAGGACAUUCUUCAGGGCUUUCGUGAUCUGAGCUUCUUAAUGAACGAAGUGUUGGGGCGGUAUCACCUGGAAACGCUACGAUGCUAUCAUGACAUGGGCCUGGCGCUAUUCCGCAACCAGCAAGUCAAGGAGAGUUACCAUGUGCUGAAACAGGUAUACGAAGACAUGAGAAAACAUCUUGGCCCAUCCAGGCUCACACAGCGAACGGCCAACAACCUCGCAAAUGCACUAUAUACCCUCCGUCGAUUUAAUGAGGCGGAGUCUAUCCUGUUAUCGAUUGAAGAUGUACAGCAGCUUUCUAGGGUUGUGGUGUCUGUCGAGUUGGACUCAUAUCAUAUCUACAGCUUUGAAGCAUUAGCACUACUGGCAAAUGUUUUUUUGCAGCAGAUUCAGCCGGGCAAGGCUGUACCACUUCACGAGAGGGCCAUUGCCGGUCGGGCGCUCUUAAUUGGACAUGACGCAGAACUAUUUCUCUGGGUAAAAAACUUGGGAUUGACUCUAAUGUACCAGAAAGAAUUUGGAAAGUCAUCUUCACUUUAUGUGCUUUGGAUCUUCAAUGGCCGUAAGAACAUUCAGUCUGGGAAGAGCGUGGCGAUGCUGCGUGAAAGUUUAGUUGAAUGCCUCGAGGUUUGGAAAUCUGCCUCCCAGCAGGGUCUCUGUGAGGCCCCCGUUUACGAUGAAAAGGUUACAGCUGCGCUCGACCAAUCUCUUGACAAAGAUCCACUGGUUUUGAGUGGCGAGGGGGUUUUUGCAGCCUACAACUACUACCACGCAAGGAAGUACUACAACUACCACGCAAGGAAGUACUACAACUACCACGCAAGGAAGUACUGCACCUCCAGUCACAACGACAAAUGGAUCCGGUUACGGUGGUGGUGGCGAUACACCGCAUUAUCUAUUUAUGUUCUAUUUGAUCGUAUGUAUGCUACGUGGCACGCUAAUGAGACCAUCGCCCCGAAACUAAGCGAGGAAAACUUCGAGAUACUUAGCAAUAUGACGGUAACCCACGACGAAACUGCCAUCGCCAAGGAGUUGGCCACAUACUGCUACGGAAGCUCUCAAAAGGGGCUAGGGUCGCAUUGGAACCCCGACGCUCUGACUGAUAACUGUGUCUUUGUCUGUCUCGCGUUUCUACUGGGUAUGACUGCCCCCGAGCUCAGCAGAAUAACUGGAGAAGCACAGCCAAUCAACGGAAAACCUAUGCAACCGGAUGAGAUUUGGACCUUGUUAAUGAAGGUGAAGGAGAAGGGGUUGGCACACACAUUUCAGAUGUCGGAAACACCGUUUGAAUACGACUGGAAAUGGGCAAAGGAUGGCGAUAUGAUACUUUACGAACGACCGAAUUCAUAUCGUCAUUGUGUUGUUGGCAAUGCAGAUUUUCAAAGGGAUUUACAGCACAGUCCUGGGGGGCCCAGUGACGAUACGGGAAUGAACGUCUCAUGGGAGAUCACAAAGAAAAAUCCGAUGCACAAGACAAUCAUGGUGGCGAAGCGUUUCCGGCCCCACAAUGAAGAGAUUGCACAGAUUGACAAUUACGGCGAGUACGGUUUUCACCGGGGUAUGUAG